UUUUUUCUGUCGCUACGAGUAUUAAAGAAGUUUGAAUUGUGUCAAUCUGUCUCACUUAAAUAUUCACAUUUUUUUUGGCUUAGUGGAUAUCGCUGAACUAAUUGAUUUAAUCGUUUAUACUAAAAGGUAUUUACAUUACGUAAAAAUAUGAAAGUGUCAGCAGUUUUCGGAUAUUUGAAACAAAGGGGGCAUGUGUUGUUUUCAAUAUCUGGAGUUUGUUGUUUAAUACUGACACUGAGUGUUAUCUCAUUAUCAAACAAUCUAAAUGAUCACCGAUACAACGAGAUUUCCCAACACCUGUCUGAAAUGAAGAACAGAGCUAUCUCAAAACAAGAUGAGAUAGCUGAAACAAAAAGGAAAAAGAGAGAAGCAGAUGAGGAUGUAAAUAUUAGACAGAAAGGUGGAGCUGUGUAUAUCAGAUGGGGUAGGACAACUUGCCCAGGUAGCGGGGCUAACACUGAAUUAGUGUACAGCGGUAUUGCGGGUGGUUCCUAUUACACUCACCUUGGUGCCGCGACAAAUCUUCAGUGCCUUCCGAAUGACCCUGUGUGGGGCCGGUACACAGACACGGCCGGAAGUGCGUUUAUGUAUGGUAUGGAAUUCGAAGAAUCUCUGGAUGGGCUAAUAGACACUUCCAACAUUCAGAAACCGUUGUUGAAUCACAACGUGCCUUGUGUCGUCUGUCGCAGUAAGAAAAGAAUCAGCUCCCUGAUGGUUCCCGGCAAAUUUGAUUGUUUUCCGGGUUGGAAUUUUGAAUAUCACGGUUAUCUCAUGGCAGGAAGCCAUGGUCACAAGGCUGGUACCAGCUAUAUCUGUAUCGACCAAGCACCGCAAGCCGAUCCGGCCGGGUACCGUGAUGAAAAUGGAGCGCUGUUAUACAGGGUGACAGCCCAGUGCGGAUCUUUGCCUUGUCCGAACUACGUGCAAAACCGUGAAUUGCCAUGUUCUGUUUGUACCAAAUAAAUUUAAAACUGACUCAAACAAAGCAUUUUUAUAAAAAAAAACGCUGCUGAAGUUGUAUUAACAUUAACUUUACCACUCUUCAGUAACAAAUCUGUAUUUUAAUUGUACAGACUGAAUAAAAAUAUAUCUGUUUACUUCAAUAUUUAAUAUUCUAAUAAUUUGUGCACGAUAACAUUCUGUUUGCAUCUACGUGUAUUUUGUUUGAUAAGUUUCCAGUUUGAUACUUCAUUUUAACAUUCAAAAUAAAUAAAUAGAUGAAUAAAUAAAUAAAUAAA